UAGGAUCAUGUGAUUUGUGCUAUUUAGACAUGUGCAGAUCUUAGUUGACUGACAAGAUCAAGUUCUUACGAUGGCCUCAAUCCUCGACACCAGCGACGAUGACUUUGAUGAAGAUGUACCCCCCAGCCACUACAUCAGCGAUUUUAGCUUUCUAGAUGUACCCAACAUCAGCGACUUAAUCAUUCAAGAUGUAGCUAGAUCCAGCUCUGGAGGCUAUGACUACCAGUUUGUGGAGGAGCCCUCUGAUGACCUCAAGUGUCUGAUUUGCCUGUGUGUGGCCAGGGACCCUCAACAACAUGGGGACGGGGGCUGUGGGAAAAUAUUCUGUACUAGCUGUAUCGUCAAGUAUAAGGAAACGAAUGACAAGUGCCCAAACUGUCGAAAAGUUAUAACUACUUUCAAAGAUGAAAGGAGCAAUAGGGACAUCCAGUCAUUGAAAGUUAAAUGCACAAAUCGUAACGACGGCUGUCAGUGGGUGGGUGAGCUACGAUAUGUGGACGAGCAUCUCAAGACCUGUGACUAUGCCAAGCUGCGCUGUCCCAAUAGAUGUGGAGGAGGCAUUGUUCAAAUGUUAAAUGUCGGAGGAACGCAAUUGUUUCGUAAAGACCUCCAAAAGCACCUUAAUAACGAGUGUCCAUGUCGUCAGUACAGCUGUCCCCACUGCCAGGAGACUGGUGAGUACCAAGAUAUCACCGGAGAGCAUAUUAAGAUCUGUUCUAAGAUAAUCAUUGAGUGUUCCAAUGCUCCUCACUGCAAGACAACGUUUCCAAGAGAAACUAAACACACCCAUCUCUCCACCUGCCAGUAUCAAGUGGUGGCCUGCAAAUACAGUGAGUUUGGGUGCGAAAUGAUACCAUUUAGAAAAGAUCUCCAAAAUCACGAGAACGACGACAAUGCACACCUCCGUAUUGCCAUGACAACAGUACUAUCACUAAGGAAACAAUGCAUGCUAAACACACAGUUGCAUUGUUCUAACAUGAAGGAUCAGCUAGGCCUUAUUACGAUAUUCAAGAUGCUCUCUUUUAAAGAAAAACAAACAAACAAUAUCGAAUUUUUCAGCGAUCCAUUUUUUUCCCACCCCAGAGGAUACAAAAUAGUCAUCAACAUUGAUGCAAAUGGUUACGGGAAUAAUAAAGGCACUCAUGUCUCAGUGUGGGUUUAUCUAAUGAGGGGAGAAUACGAUGAUCAACUCGAGUUCCCAUUCAAAGGCACUAUCAAGUUUGAGCUACUCAAUCAGCUGGAGGACAAGAACCACCAUUGUGAAUCAUACACGCUUGAUAGCACGGAUACUAAGAGAGUAAUUGAUCGAGAGAGGUCUAGCCAAGGAGGCGGUAAGCAAGCAUUCAUCCCUCACGGAGACCUAGGACACAACGCCACCAAGAACUAUCAGUACCUCCAGGAUGAUUGUCUAGUGUUUCGAAUCUCCGUUGAUGUGCCAUCCUACAAACCAUGGCUGCAAUGCACCAACUAACUAACUACUGUAGAGAGCUAAUAACCGUACACAACUAUCUAUAAUACUCAUUGUACCACGUGUGGUAACUAGAACGAAGGCUGAAUAUACAGUAUAGUUAACGUACAUCUUAAAUUGCUACAGUUAAUUUUGUGUUUUAUUUACAAUAGAUGCUCUUA